AACUGCGACGUCCAGUCCGAGACUCCCAGCCGGGCGACGGUAGAAUCCGCAUUUAUGAUGCGUGAUGUCGCCUCGAACCUCGGAUAUGUGUAACCUGACACGGUGAUGGAUCCCUCCUACUUAUUCGGACGAGUAUCAGCACAAUCAGGCGACUAGCAGCUGCGCGACUUGGAGAUCCCACCUUGACCUGCGCUGUCUCGAAGGUGACUAGCGGUAGCUAGCGGCUCGUCCACCGUGCGAUUCUACUUUGACCUGCGCAAUUGCCUUCUCUGCUUCGGGGGGUUCGACUUGGCCGCUAACCCGAUCAGUAUCCGCCCGCCUUCGGGAUGUCGGUCUCCUUUACACGUGCAAUCGAUAGUCCCACUGACUGCUUGCCGCCACGAGUGGUUCUCGCUGGUAUCAAUCGUUGCAAUACGAGCGGGGACCGACAUCCCCUAGAAAGCCGGCGUUCUUUCCUCUACUCUCCCGAGAAAGUUACCGGUCAAUUUUCUCUGCUCCCCGUUCAAUGUCCAAUCUCUGCAACUCGACAUCUGACGCGGUGGGAGAUGUGUGUAUGUCCGCGGAAAGAACGAAAUCGGGUAAACGUUCUCAGGAUGAUAAGUCUUCUCGACUGGGCGCAGCACAUCAUCCCUCAUUCCUUAUGCGUCUUUGAGGUCCUCCUCUCAGGUCGAAUGAAUGAACCCACCGGACUGGGGCGGCGUUUGGUCUCAGCUGCAUCUCCAGAGCGCCGCCUCACAUUACGUCCAUCGGAUGCACAGCCGUUCGACGAAUCCUCACACGCACGAGCACGGAUCUGCGGUAUCAUCUAUACCACUGGAGGCAAAGAAGACUUUCAAGACGUAUGUGGGAGGGAGCAGCUUGCCAGGCACCUCCGCGAGAUCGAAUAA